AUGAGCUUGGACAAUUUUUUUAAACCAGUAAAAAAAUUAGAAGUUAAAUAUGAGAUGUCAGAUUCAGACAUAAGCAAUUCAGAUAUAGAAAAUAACAGUUCCAUUUCAGAGCAAAUAAAUAAAUUAAAGAAUAAACUUAAAGAUGUGAAAAAUAUGAAUGCUUAUGAAUAUCUUCGCUUUCUGGCUGUGCAUAAAUAUCUUACUGCAAUCUUCAACCAUGAAGAGUCACAUUCUCGCAUAAAACUAAGUCUUGAAAUAUCACAACAAGUCUUUCAACGUGGUCCAUGGAUGGCAUGUCACAUUCGUGAGUGGUCAAAAAAUUGGAUUGCAACAGAAACUUUACCUGUCUCUAAGCAAGGACAACGAAAAUACAUAUCAACUCUUAUUGAUGACGAGGAUGUGCAAAGUUCUUGUUUGCGUUUUAUCCGUACUAUGGGAGAAAGAUUAACUGCUGAUAAAUUUCAAAACUAUGUUCAGAACAAUAUCUUACCUAAUGUUACUAGCUCUCGCACUUCAAUUUCAUUAGAAACAGCUCGAAUUUGGCUUCGUCGUCUUGGUCUCGUAUAUUAA